GAAUCAAAUCAGUUUACUAAUUUAACCUUUCCUUUCCGCCUUUUUUUAAACAACCUUUUUUGACACUUUUUUUUGCUCCUUUUUUGAUCUUAUUCUUACUAUUUAAUGAGAAAAUGCCUACAUUAGCUGCUUAUUCUUUAAUAUCUUUAUUGUUCACAGUUUCUUGUGCUUUUAAUUUAUCAGCUUUGUUAUUACCAAAUUGGAUCUAUGUAACUUUGCCACCAGUUCAUAUGCAUCAAAAUUUUGGUUUAUUUAGAUUAUGCUCUUAUUCAUUCUUUAAUGAUGAUUGUCGGCCUUUUCCAUCACAAUCAGAUGAUGACUGUAAAGAAGAAUAUUUUUGUGAAGAAUGGGGUUUAGCUGCAUUAACAAUGAUAUUAGCUACAAUUAUAGGAGGUUUAGUAUGGUUUGAUUUAAUUGGAGUUCUAAUAGGAGGAAGAUUAAAAAGAGAAAGAUCAUGGCAAAGAAUUUCUUCAAUGUUUAUACUUCAUGCUUUAUUACAAUUUACAUCAAUAUUUUUAAUUGCUCAUCUUUUUACUAUGUCAUCAAAAUUUUAUUAUGGGGCAAAAUAUGAUAUUAGUUUUAUAUUUGCAAAUGUUUCAGCAUGUUUUAGUUUUAUUUUAGCUAUUUUAUUAUUUUCAAAUGGAUUAUUUUCUCCACCUGAAUAUGCCUACAUGCGUUAAAUAUAAUAAUUUUAUUAUUAAUUUAUAUGAAUUGAAACAAUUGAAACUUUUUAUAAUUUAUAUAAUUUAUAUUUAUAUAAUUUACAAUAAAAAUUAUACAAAUCAUAAUAUUAUUCUUGU